GCAGUUCAUUGCUUUCGGAAUCACACAGGCUACAUGCAUGUAAACCGACGAAAUGCCUUGAUCGAGCACCUCAUGUUUUCUUGCAAGUUCAACUCGUGGCGCAGGCACGGACCCGAUAUUCACAAGCGGUAGGCACACUAUAUAGAUGGCUCUUUGGGGAGCUAGUUUUUUUCGAGCACAUUCGACAUGUUCUCUUCAGCCGGUACCAGUGUAUCCAGUAUGUCAGCAUCGAGGAGUCGCCAGUCCGGAGCCAGUCCAGUUAAGGCUUCGAAAGGCUUCUCCGUCAAUAUUUUCAAGGCGCCCACUCUUUCUUCCUUUCAAAGUUCCGGUACUAUAAAAUUUAACAGAAGUUCUUCUUUCCAAAAUCCCGGAUUUCAGCAGGGGCAACAAAAUUGGCUUUCUUCCUGGUCCUGGUUUAACUCGACUUCCAAUCCCUCCAAUCCGUCUGGUAAAGCUUCGUCACUUCCUGUUGGGGGAGAAGCGCAGCCAUCGCGCCAGACAACCACAUCAAGCUUUUACAUUUAUCCAAGUACUUCUACUAAUGGCACCUAUAUCUACCAGCCUUCCAUAAAUUCUGCCAAGUCGGAAAUUUAUUCUAAUUCUGAUUAUGACGCAUCCACCGCAUCCCUCGCCACGGCCUCCUCCGAUUUAUCAUCUUCAUUGUCUACCGACACUGUUUUAACUAGUCCUUCCUCCCAAAAUGUACCACUCCCCCUACCCGCUCCCGCUCCAGCGCUUUCAAAGGCGUUAUCCUCUUCAGCAGUCCAAUUUGGCGCUGCAUCUGACCGACGUUCGUCUCAGACUGGAGCCGACGUUCGACUUGUCCCAGUUUCUCGAGAAGCGAGCGAUCAAAGGCCCGCUUUUCAAGGUUAUUCCACAACUUCGUCAUACCAGGCUGCUUAUGAGGAUGCUAGUAGCAGUCCUUUACCUACGGAGUCUGAUGACGAGGAAUUCAAUCGCAUUUCUAGGAGAAAUACUGAAUACAACUCUCGUACUUCAUAUCCUCAGGCGUUCAGACCUGUUUCCUCUCACCCGUCCGUCCAGAUGACGCAGUCGGAGAUUAUUACCACCGAUAAUGCGGACAGUCACAGAGCAUCCUCUCAAGCCGCUUCAUUUCCUGCUGGUAUAUCGCGAAGUAUACGUACACUUGGCGCAGCUACACUACCACAAAGGGAUGUUCCAGGCCCCAGCAGGCAGCGUUCCAUUCCAUUACCCCCAACUCCCGACGACCCUCCAUCACAAAGUACCAUCGCCUCCGCCCCUGUACCAUAUAACGCUGCAUUCAGGAGAAACACGGCAUUCAUGCCCUAUUAUUUUCCAGAUGCGGUAGUUUCGGACGACCCAGAGCAGCAAAAAACAAGCCCACAAAACUCCAUGGAACUUCCUCGUCCGGCCGUACCACCCGGCCUUGCGCAUCCAGAGAUGGCUGGACGCCAGACUCCAAAUCCAGAGACGAGCUCCAACCCCCAAAGCCGAAACGGCAGAAUUUCCACCCCAGAUCCCCAUGAAGGUUCUUCGGAUGAUGACCUUUCUGGGAUACCGAUAUUAUCCUAUAACGAAACCGUUUCGCCGCCUGCGGCACAUGCUACCGGCAUGGACGUGCCACGUACUGGUCGCGCCACCUACAGUUCACAGAAGGUGGAGGUGCAGGAGCAAAAACGCACGUAUGCAGCCGUUGCCGCAUCAGCCAAAUCAGAGUCCUCUGUGACGACUUCUUUCCCUCGGCCCGAGAGUCCGGAUAUUUCACCUUCUUCUCAAUCCCCACCAUAUAAUUUACAGUCGACCUCACCAUUGCAUACAGGCGCAGGCACUCAGCGAGCAUCAUCUAUACGUGCGGCCGAAACAACUUCCCUCCCUUCCCACCCGUCGACUAGCGUACCUGUCCCCAAUAUGGCCCUUCCGCCCACAAUGGCUCCAGGGACCGCUUCCCAAUCGUCCGCUCCCCGUAUCAGUACAAAUGAUAUAAACACUGUACCACACGAACAGCGCCGUUCUCCACGCGAGGAAACCGCGCGAAUGGCAAGCCGAACUGAAGGGUCAGUUCGUCCUUCUCAGGAUUCUUUAGCACAGCGGGGACGUGCUUCGGUCGCACCAGAUUUACCUCGGACCUCGAAUGAUCGACGUUCAUCUUCGGAGACCCGCCACCCAGCGCAGGGCUCAGUACAUACGGAGCAAGUCUCUCAAAUGUCCAUUGAGCCUAAGAAUGGUAGCGCAGGAAUGUCUUCCGCAGUUGCAAGGUCCUCACAUCAUACUUCAUGGCAAAUUGACCGCGAUCGCUCUCGUCAAGGGUCUGUCUCCCUGGCACCACCUAUUCAGUCGGCAAAUGAGAUGCCUGUAGCUAUUCAGGUCACUUCUUCACGGACUGAAGCUGAGCGAAGUCGUCCCCGUCGUGAUUCCUUUUCUCACCAUGCCACAUCGAGGGAGAUGUCUCCACAUCAAAGCAUUCCCACAGUCGUUCCUUCCAAAACGCCAAACAUGCCUUCAAGGUCCAUUAGCCCUAGCCUAGACCCACAACGGUCGAGUCGCUCAAGGAAUGAUGCCUUAGGAUCUUCAUAUCCGCCCAGUGGUCGUGUCCCAUCUCCUACUAAGGAUACUUCCCCUACGCAGCGUUCAUUACCGAAACCACCCAGGCGUUAUUCGGAAGGUGAAGAUUCAGCUCUUGUUCCAUCAUCCUCAGGCCCUUCAAGAGACCGAAAGGAUUCUGGGACUUCGGUAUUUCGACGACGUUCGGAUGGCGACCAGGUACCUCCUCACUCGACCUUCAAUCCUAUCAGGUUGACCUCAAACGCUGGCGCUGCUCGGUCCGUGCGCUGGAACCAAAACCUUAUAUGUCCGUCCCCUAUUUGGCCUGAGCAGCGGCGGAAGGGAUGGUUCAACCGACGAGGGGAUCAGCUGUGGACGAACACUGGCACGUACAAAACACCCGAACCUGGUGAUGAGUUUCCCCUUGAUCUGGACGGAUAUCCGGAGCCUGGUCAAGGCUGGAUGAACGAAGACGGUGUGCGAAUCGAUAUGAUGCAUCGUCUUGUUCCUAAGGCCCCCCUUCGGUCGGCUCUUAAGCCAAACCCACGAAGUCAGCUUUCACAGUCAGCAAUGAGUCUCUGAAUACACGGGGUAAUUACAACACACUUUCUUUCAUUUUAUUAAAGACUGCUGGACAGUAAACGCGGUGGUCAAUUAGCCU